ACCAGUGACAAUUUACCCAAAUCACAACAUAAAGUUGUAAUCGGUAAUAUUAUAUUUACAAAACUCGCUAGACUUCUUUUAGUAAGGAAAGACAGAUAACGAUGCACACCACACGAAUAAUCUACAAAUGCCCCUACAACGAACCCUGAACGGCCCCCACUGACCGAAGAAUGGCGAGACGUCUGCUGACCACGCCCUCUGGUGGAUAGACCACGCCCACGGAAACAAAACGAGCCUCGGCUCACUGGCCACGCCCUUUGUCGGCAUGACACGUCCCGACGCUUUUCCACGUCGCCCGCCCAGCGCUGUUCCCGCCGCGCGCCCAACGGUCGAGCCUGGGGAGGCUGCGCGCGCUCGUGCAAAGGCCGGGGAAAAAAUGGCGGCGCCCGUCUUGCGAGUGUCCACCCCUCGCUGGGAGAGGAUAGUCCGGCUGCUCGUGUGUCUUUUAGGAAUUCUGCUAUCCAUGUACGCGUUCCAUGUGGAGAGAGAAAAAUCUUUAGACGCUAGUUACCGCGCCGCGUGUGACGUGAGCAGCUGGGUUAGCUGCUCCAAAGUCUUCACGUCCAGAUGGGGUCGUGGAUUUGGACUGUUGGGAAGCAUCUUUGGGAACGACAGCGCAGUAAACCAGCCAAACAGUGUCUAUGGAAUAUUAUUCUAUGUCUUUCAAAUGUUACUGGGUUUGACGGCCAGCGCUAUGGCCGCUUUGAUUUUGAUGACCACAUCCAUCGCAUCAGUAAUAGGCUCCGUCUACCUGGGCUACAUUCUUUACUUCGUCCUGAAGGACUUCUGCAUCAUCUGUGUGACCACAUACGUACUGAACUUCAUCCUGUUUGUGCUGAACUACAAGCGACUGGUUUACUUGAACGAAGCCUGGAAACAACAGCUUCAAGCCAAGAGGGACUAGACAAAAAAACACAGGAGGCGGAGGGAAGAUCCUCAAACCUCUGAAAAUUGUGACUUGCCACCAGAAGACCUUGCUUCCAAACAAAUAUUCAAUCUGUUGUGUGUGUAUAACAAACGAAAAAAUUAAACAAGGCAAGAAAAAUGUCAUUUUAAGGGGCCACUGAUCACAGGUUUCUUGCAUUGCGAGGACGGAUUUACAACAGAAACACAAAUCUCUGUCUAGUUUUAGUUCUUGUCAGUUUUGUUUGUUUCCCUGAGAAUGAGGUUCGAUGGCGAGAAAACAGUAUGCGCUUACAAAAUUACCAGUCAGUACACGUGGACGAGGAAUCAGUCCUUUCUUUGAGGAAUAAAAUAAUGGAGAAAACAUGGCUAAAUGUGAGACUUGGAGAUUGAAUCCACUGUUCGAGUCUUUGCUCCUGGAGCCCAGUAGAUUCCAGUAAGACCUUAAGGGUUUAUAAAGGGUAAACAUGAAUGAUCCUGAUGUUGAUUCCCAGAAAAGAAAGGAUUAUUAUUAUUAUUAUUGAAAACAAGAAAUAAAAGUGUAAUUUUUUUAUUUAUUGUUUACAGAUUUUUUUAUCGUUUCAGAAGAGGACCACUGGUAAAACAUGGAAGAAUGCGAGCUGUAUGUGUGUAGAUCAGAUUUGCCUGUGACUGCCUUUUUUAUUUUUCUUCGCAGUUCUGUAAAUAGCCGGCGCAAAGCAAUAUUCCCAACUAGAUUGUGUUUUACUGUUGAAACAUCACCGCGGAAAAGAACGACAGAUGUCCCGAGCUACAGCAUGUCAGUCACUUCCAGCGAGUGUUUUCAAAAAAACAACUGUGGGAAUAUGUUAUUGCAAAACUUUGUGUAAGUACAACAGCAUUUUACUUUCUGCCAUUAAAAAUAAGUCUAGUCUUGAACCAAAUUCAGCAUUCACUAAAUGUCAGAAAUGUUUUCUUAAAAAGUGACAUUUUGCACAGAGCCACUCGCAACUCUGGCAAUGCUUUUAAUGCCAAAUUUGGUAUUGAUAACGGUUAAAUAAUUGGGUGAAAAUCUUCUCGACUUAGAAUUGUGAUGAGCCAAAUAACUGUGAGACAAGUGAAAGAAGUCGGAUUCCAUAAAAUGCCAUUUUCAGUUUGUACUUUGUUUAAUUGUCAGGGUAAAUUAUUCCGUUAAUUCUGUAUAUCACAUCAAUGCUGCAAAACGUUUUAAGAUGAUUUGGGACGAGUUUCAGUCGGUUCCUGGUGUAUCGUCCUAUCAAAGGUUCAUUUCUGCUUUUUAUGUUUUCAUUUAGUUUUAUGCAUUCUUUUCUAUACUGUAAUAUCCCAUGGAGACAUUCAGACUUCACGUUUUCAUAUUCUCCAGUUUAUUACUUGUCAGUUAAUAACUUUUAAAGCUACAAAUGGUUGCCGUUUUUUUCUUGUCUUGCGGGCGGGUCACAUCGCAUUUUUAUGUACUGGGCUACUGUGAAGAAUUUUACCCUACAGCAGUUUUCUUCACCCUCCCAUGAAACGUCACUUACCCAGAAUUCUCAGUGUUGUGCCAGAUUUGUUGGGAUGGUCGGUCACUAACAAUGCCAGCAUGAUCAAUUCCUGUCAUGUUCUUCUCACGUGUAAAUUGGGCCUGUUGUAUUUGCAGUGAAAGUGCUUGUUUGUGUGGACUCUUUAGUCCUACCGUUUUACAUCCACACCUGUGCUUUCAUCCACCAUGUGCUGUGGAGUGGACGUUGACUGUAAUAUAGUCAUGACUUUGUCAUUUGUGAGAUUUUGAGUUCAUACAACUCAAUGCAUUGAGUUUGUAUCUGUACAACCCAGUAUUACACAAGACCAAGACAGUCAGUGUUGGUGAGGAAAUGUGAGCUGCAGCAAAGUGAACACUUAAAAAGAGAUACUGGAACAAGUUGAUUUAUUAUCGUUAGUGAACCCUCAACAGAGCUAAGAGAGUUCACCCCAAAAUGAGAGUUCCUUCAUCAUUUACUCACCCUCGCAUCAUUCCAAACCUGUAUGACUUUCUUCUGCGUUACACAAAAGAUAUUGUGAACAUCGUUGAUAACCAAACAACAUUGAACGCCACAGACGUCCCCAAAAAUGAGUUGCCUUCACACGUUCAGAUGUCAAGUAAAGUGCCUUCUGUAUGUCCACUGAGUCCUGGAGUUUGGAGCAACUGCAGCUUUGAUUCAAAUCGAUUGAGAUCUUUAAACAUUUGCAAUGUAUCGUCUCAUAAAUGUGCGAUGGCAAAAACUCAGUAAACCCAACUGAAGACGUCUGGUGACGCGGCUCGAUCAUUCCUUCACUCGCGUUUGUAUUAUUUUCUGUUUAUUUAGCUCUGUGUCACUUUAUCCACAUCAGAGAAUGUGACGGCAUUUUCUUUUCUUUUUUUGAUGCAAGUGUUGGGCGGUCGGCGAUGGCACAAGCCCCAUCAGAUGUACAGACUGUUAAUGUGAUAGCUUAUUUUAGUAGAUCAAGAAAACCAUGUACAGGAUUGGAGAUUCCAUGUGUUGGUAUGGGGUUUUUGAUUUGGAAAUGCACCUUUUCAGGGUAUUUUUGUGGGGAGAAAAGUGUUUAGGUUCGCUUCUGUAUGUGCCAGAUCUGAGUUGACGUAAAAUCUGUUGUAUUUUCGUACGCGUUAGGAACAGA